AUGGACGAGGAGUUAUAUGUCGAUCGAGUCGCAUACAGGCUCAAGAAGUGGGCAGGAGUUCAACUGGAGACACGGUCCUCUGGUCCAAAAAAGGGACUGCCGCACGAGUCCAAGCUCUACGCUGCGAGCUCAGGGCUAAAGAAGAGAGCUAGUAUCAAGCAGGUCAGCAUUUAG